CACACACACAACAGACGUACCCGAACAGAGAGAGAGAGAGAGAGACGGUGGGUGAAGGACGUCUCUUUUACCGGAGGAGCGAGAGAGAGAGAGAGAGAGAAAAAAGCAGGCGAUAAACAAAAUAAAGCGAGAGAGGAGAGGAGGGAGGGAGGGAGGGAGCACCAUGUCGGAUACGCGGAGGCGGGUGAAAGUCUACACGCUGAACGAGGAUCGACAAUGGGACGACAGGGGCACCGGGCAUGUGUCUUCCACCUACGUGGACCGGCUCAAUGGGAUGUCCUUGCUGGUCCGCGCCGAGUCCGACGGAUCCCUUCUGUUGGAAUCAAAGAUCAAUCCGAAUACUGCUUAUCAGAAACAGCAAGAUACAUUGAUUGUUUGGUCAGAAGCGGAUAAUUACGACUUGGCUUUAAGCUUUCAAGAAAAAGCUGGAUGCGAUGAAAUCUGGGAGAAAAUUUGCCAGGUGCAGGGCCGAGAUCCAUCACUGGAUAUCACUCAGGACAUCAUUGAUGAAUCUGAAGAGGAACGCUUUGAAGAAAUGCCUGAAACUACUCAUACAGUUGACCUUCCUCCAUGUGAACUAAACAAACUGGAAGAGAUUGCUGACCUUGUGACCUCUGUUCUCUCCUCUCCUAUUCGAAGGGAGAAGUUAGCACUGGCUCUGGAGAAUGAGAGCUACAUAAAAAAGUUGCUGCAGCUAUUCCAAGUUUGCGAGGACCUUGAGAACACAGAAGGUCUACAUCAUUUAUACGAAAUUAUCAGAGGCAUUUUGUUCCUCAAUAAGGCAGCAUUGUUUGAGGUUAUGUUUUCAGAUGAGUGCAUUAUGGACGUGGUGGGGUGUUUGGAGUAUGAUCCUUCCUUACCUCAAACGAGGAAGCACAGAGAAUUCUUGACCAAAACAGCCAAAUUUAAAGAGGUGAUACCUAUCACAGACACUGAACUGAAGCAAAAAAUCCACCAAACGUAUCGUGUGCAGUACAUCCAGGACAUCAUAUUGCCCACCCCGUCUGUUUUUGAGGAGAACUUUCUGUCCACACUAACUUCUUUUAUAUUUUUCAACAAAGUGGAGAUUGUUAGUAUGUUGCAGGAAGAUGAAAAAUUUUUGACUGAACUUUUUGCACAGUUAACAGAUGAAGCAACGGAUGAUGAUAAGAGACGAGAAUUAGUGAACUUCUUUAAAGAAUUCUGUGCAUUUUCUCAAACAUUGCAACCUCAGAAUAGAGAUGCAUUUUUCAAGACUCUUGCUAAUUUAGGAAUUCUUCCUGCCCUUGAAAUAGUUCUGGGCAUGGAUGAUGUACAGGUGCGAGCUGCUGCUACAGACAUAUUUUCUUAUUUGGUAGAAUAUAGUCCAUCUAUGGUACGCGAGUUUGUAAUGCAGGAAGCACAGCAGAGUGAUGAUGACAUUCUCCUAAUCAAUGUAAUCAUUGAACAGAUGAUCUGUGAUACAGACCCUGAGCUUGGAGGAGCAGUUCAACUAAUGGGACUGUUGAGAACAUUAAUUGACCCUGAGAAUAUGUUAGCUACAGCAAAUAAAACUGAGAAAACUGAAUUCCUCAGCUUUUUCUACAAGCACUGCAUGCACGUUCUCAGUGCUCCUUUACUAGCUAAUACCACAGAUGAAAAACCUAGCAGUAAAGAUGCAAUAGUCGGAUCUGACAGGAAUAGUGCAUUGUGUUCUGAUAACUUCCAGACAGCACAGCUCCUAGCCUUGAUCUUGGAACUGCUCACAUUCUGUGUAGAACAUCAUACAUAUCAUAUCAAGAAUUACAUCAUGAACAAAGAUUUACUCCGAAGGGUGUUGGUGCUGAUGAAUUCAAAGCAUACUUUUCUAGCCUUAUGUGCAUUGCGUUUUAUGAGGAGGAUCAUUGGACUAAAGGAUGAAUUCUAUAAUCGCUACAUAACUAAAGGAAAUCUCUUUGAGCCAGUUAUAAAUGCUUUUUUGGAUAAUGGAACCAGAUAUAAUCUGCUUAAUUCAGCAAUAAUUGAACUCUUUGAAUUUAUCAGAGUGGAGGAUAUCAAGUCACUUACAUCGCACAUAGUUGACAACUUCUACAAAGCACUUGAACAUGUAGAGUAUGUGCAGACAUUUAAAGGACUGAAGUUAAGAUAUGAGCAGGAAAGGGACCGUCUCCAAAAUCAGAAAUUAAACAGUGUACCAUCCAUAUUGCGUAAUAAUCGUUACCGUAGAGAUGCUCGCGCUUUGGAGGAAGAUGAAGAGAUGUGGUUUAAUGAAGAUGAAGAGGAGGAAGAAGGGGAAGCUUUGGUACCUCACGUUGAGAAAUCAAAAUCGGAGGAUGAUUACCCAGACAGUUAUGGAAAAUUUCUUGAAACUAAAAAAGCUAAAGAAAGUGAGGACAAGGAAAACCUUCCAAAGCGAUCCUCGAGUCCCAGCUUCAAGUUUACGUUUUCACAUACAUGUACAUCUGGUGCGGCAAAUGGAACAAAUGGCACUAACAGCAAACCAACGGCAGCUCAGACCGCUCCAGCCAGCUCCACUAGUUCUUCCUCGAAGCAUACCAGCCCAUCUACAGCAGUGACAACAAAGGGAGGACUAGUGGGCCUUGUAGAUUAUCCUGAUGAUGAGGAAGAGGAGGAGGAAGAAGAAGCAUCACCAAGGAAGCGACCUCGGCUUGGUUCAUAAUUGGCACAGAGAAAAGCUUACUUUGGGGUCUGAUACAAUGGUGCAACUGUUCCAUAAGCUAAAGGUCAGAUUCAAGAACUGCUCCUUCACUGUGAAUACAGAAGAUACAACACAAGGAGUAGCAAACAGUGUGCCAAUGUUUCAACUAGAGGGUUUGAGUUCUGUUUGGCAGGAAACAUGCUGCUGAGGAACUGGAUCUCUCUGGAACAAACUUGGAAAGGAAAAUAGGCCAAUCCGGCUGGCAGGACUAGCAGUUUGUAAUUGGGAACCUGAUUGACAGUUGCUCAAAUGGGGAAGAGAUUUGGAUUUGGGGAGGGUUAGGGAACGCUUGAGCAAGAGAGCAGGAGCUUUCCAAGAAUGAUGUUUUGGAGUUCUUUGCCAGGAAACCAAAACUGGAAUAGGAGUACAGAGUAUCAGUUGCAAACCCUUGUAAUCUGAAAUGAAUUAGGUGCUGUCCGAUUUGUUCAUCCUCAUUUUUGUUCUGUUUGCCUCCAAUUCCAAGUUUUUAAAGAGGAAAGAAAACUUGCCAAUAUACUUCUAAGCAGAAGAAUCUCAAACUACUACUGGGACCAUAAUGAUGAAAUUGCCAUCAUGUUCACUGGAUCUUUGGGCAUCCACUGGGCCUGUUUAGCAUUCACUAGUCAGAAUGGUGAUUGGUUGAAAAGCACAGGAAAAAUAGAGAAAAACCUGCACCUCAGCCAAAUACUGUACUGCAGUCUGUUUUUGUACCACAAGCCCAUGUGUAAAAAAUGGUGCUAGUGACUGUUGCAAAGAUGGUUAAAUGAGAAAAGCUGUUCCUGUUCUCUCAUCUGCAGGUUGUACAUUGUGGCAGCUCUGCUUUGAUGUCCCCAGGCCAAACGUGCCGCUUAACAAAUUGUAAAAUUUUAUCCCAGUCUGAUCUUAUGUAAUUUUUGCGCCUUCCAUGGAUAUUGUAUUACAGGUUAACAUUUCAUUCUAACUGGUAGCUGUUUACCUAUUUCCUUUAGGGAACACUAAUUUUAACAACCAACUGACCACCAUAAUGCUGGGAAUCUGAACUCAAAGCCUUAACAUAAGGUGAAUCUUAGAUAGUCUGCCUUUGCACUGCCACAGUUGUCUGAGUACAGAAGUAACUAAGAUUCAAGCACAGUAGAAGGUUGAGGUUAGGUUCCAGAUGCUUUUAUUGCACAGUUUAGUGUUCUGGGUUAUUUUUUAUUGCAGUGGUUAACGCAGGUUGUUAAACCAGCUGUAGCCAAACCAGCCAACAGGCAGUUUGAUACAAGCCCGAGUGUGUGUUGCACACUGAAAUCAAAACUUUUUAAAGCUUUUUUUAAAAAAAAUCAUCUGUGUCCCUUGGUAUUUUGGAGGUUUUGUAGCUCAACUUAGACAUUCUUUUGAAAAAGUGGGCCAUCUGUCAUGUAGAUAUGAAGUAUAGUUUUUCCAUAAAACAGAAGUUUAUUUUGUAUGGAUGAAUAAACCACCACUGUAACUGUUAUUUUACACUGUUUGUAUACAUGUGUUGAUAUUAAUGAGGCGAUGUAAGAUUCAGGAAUUAAAAUGUGACCCUGUAAUUCCAUAAA